GCAGGUUGGCGUCUGUGACCAAACACAGGUUGGGUACAAGUAUCCUGGGAAUGAACGAGGUCACUAAAGUGGACGUGACUUUAGAGACGAAUGUCCCCACACUGUACCAGGUGGACCAGGAGAUUGCCAACGAGGCGGCGCCGAGCUCCCGCUUUCCACCGGCCCACUUGGCACGCUCACGGUCCCAGAAUGCACUGCGCACUGCCGUCCCAGCGGCUGUUGGCAUCACUGAAUACAAAGGAGUUCAGAAUGAAGAGAUCCUGAAGGAUGAGCUGCCGGUCCUUGGUGCCCCGGACACCAUGGAGAAGACUGCCAGCAGGUCGCGCUGUCUUGUGAAGCAGCUGGAAAGGGUGGAGGCAUCUGUGGUGGAGCUGAAGAGAAACCUGGACUACGCCGCCUCAGUCCUAGAAGCUCUGUGCAUUGAGGAAGCCAGCUAAAUAGACCUUUGAGCAGAGGUGGAGGAGCACGUAGAGAAAUGGCCAAACGCAAACGUUUGUCCUAAAAAACCAACCUGUGGAGCAGAGGAGUCCACAAAAGGUACAACAAUCCAAAGAAUCCAAGGGGAAACAUUGAAGUGUAAAAGCAGAAAGCAGGUGAGGUUCAGGUUAACACAUCAUCCUCAUGCACGCAGGACUUUAUGGACACAAAGGGUUUCUUCCCGUCGGCAGUCGGCUCAUCAACAGAGCGCGGCUCCCCCAGCGUUUUAAUGGCACACGGUACUGGGCCAUUCCAGUAGCACGGUGGCUUCCUCACUCAUUUAUAAAUCACAACGGGAUC